CAUUGUCUGAACAGGAACGAUGAUCACAGUCCUUGUCGCUCUUUGUCUCUUUACAUCAGCAAAACCUUCUAACAUCAAGGAGAUUCAAGUUCAAAAAGUAAAGCGUGGAGAAAAUGUUUCUAUAAAAUGUGACAAAUUGUCCAGUGAUAAAAAUAAUUUAGUUUGGUUCAAACAGAGUUUUGGAAAGGCUCCUCAGUGGGUAGGGAGAGGAGGGGAGAGCUCAUUCAGACCCGAUGCUGAAUUUAAUGAUGGACGUUUGAGUACUAGUGUAAAUAAAAAUCUGCUUAAUCUCAACAUUAAAGAAAUCAAAGAACAGGAUACAGGAACAUAUUUCUGUGCAAAAUUGCUGGGAUCUUCACUACACUUUGGAUCUGGAACCCUUUUGGUUGUUGAAGCUGAGGAGAUGAAACGGCAUCCUCCAACUCUAACGGUGAUGGAGAACGGAGAGUCGCUCACACUCCAGUGUUCAGUACAAGCAUUUAAUUCAAGCUGUGAAGAACAGAGUGUGUACUGGUUCAGAAACGGCUCAGGAGAAUCUUAUCCAGGAAUCAUUUACACUCAUGGAGACGGCAGUGAUGAGUGUAAGAAGAGCUCUGAGGCUGGUUCUCCUACACAGAGCUGUGUCUACACUCUCCCCAAGAGGAAGCUCACAACCUCUGAUAAUGGAACGUUCUACUGUGCUGUGGCUGCGUGUGGACAAAUCCUCUUUAGUAAUGGAACUGAAGUUAAAGUUAUUCAAGUAAAAGAAAACUGUUGGAUUGUUUUUGUUUUAACAACCUCCAAUACAAUAUCUAUUAUUGUAAUCAUGGUUCUGACUGGAGUUUUACUUAAAGAAAGAAAAGGGGCUUCCAACAACCAUCCAAAUAACACAAAUCAGGCUGAUGAUGAAGAUGUCUUGAACUAUGCAGCUGUGAGUUUUGCUAAGAAACCUUCAUCCUCCAGAACAUCCAGAGACAAGCACCAUGAAGAUGUUUAUUCACAAGUUAAAAUAAAAUAAAGAGAAAUGAAUGAAUUUAGAUAUAAAAGCACCAGAUGCUAAAGAUUUAUUAUUGUUUAUAAAAUUUAAUCCAAUUACCUCAAAUAAAUUUGAGUGGGAUGAGGUCUCGCUUAGACAUUGUAUCUGAAUAAAUUUUUAAAACAUGAAUUCAUUAUUACGAGGCUAAAGCCUUAAAUGUAACCGCAGCAUCAGAUAUAUCAAAUGCAUUUUUGUUAACUUAAAUCUAUGGUAAAAAUGAGGAAAUUUGCUAUUAAAAAAAAAAGAGUAAGGUUAUAUGGGGGUUAAAUGAUGGGGGGGCAGUCGUGGCCUAAUGGAUAGAGAGUCGGACUUGCAACCCGAAGGUGAACCUGAAGGUUGUGGGUUCGCGUCUCGGGUCCGGCAGGGAUUGUAGGUGGGGGGAGUGAAUGACCAGCGCUCUCUCCCACCCUCAAUACCACGACUCAGGUGAGACCCUUGAGCAAGGCACCGAACCCCCAACUGCUCCCCGGGCGCCGCAGCAAAAAAAAGGCUGCCCACUGCUCCAGGUGUGUGUGUGUGUGUGUGUGUGUGUGUGUGUUCACUACUGUGUGCACUUGGAUGGG